AUGUCACUAGGCACAGUGCUCUUGGCAGAAGUCGCUGAGGCCGAAGCCCUCCACUACAGAGACAUUCCUUCGUCUCGAAUCUGGUCUCUGACAGUCUCUGUGAGUGACAUUGUCCCAGUAUUCCAACAUGCACUGACCAAAUAUGAAGACAAAUUGACUGGGAAGCCAAGAUUAUUGAUGGAACGGGUGCCAGCAAACUAUUUGAAACUCACUAUCAAACAUUGUGUCGUGAUUGACAUGACCAAUUACCCAGAUGGCAAACUGAUCGAACCAAAGCUUGCUAACGUCGAUCACCUGCGCCAGGUACUCGAUGGAUGGAAGAAUAACAAGAUCAAAUCGACGGCUCCAGCUACCUCCCUAUUGCCUUCCCAGUGUGAUGCCACCCAGAUUCCAACCCAACCGCCAGCAGAGGAAAGCGGACAAGCUGUCAUAUCCAUACAAUCCCGACCUCCGCUCCGGGCUCCCGGAACUCCGAACCUGACUUCCGGAGUCCUACUUCCCUUCCAUCACCUCCUCCUUGCCGACUCCCAAGAGGUUAUCCCACCUCCGGCUCUGACACCACCUUCAGUCCAACUCUGGAACAUUCCGGGUCCGACCCCAACCUCGACACCUUCCAGAUGA